CCCCCGUCUGUUCUGUGUACACAACGUAAUCCCUCUUCUCUCUCUCCCUAACUUCCCCCAUCCCACUACCAUCUCCUCCCACAUCCCGCCUUCGGGACUCCCGCUCCUUGUCUUUCUUCCUGUUCGACAUUUACAUUCGUUUGGUAUCCCCCCCAUCGACGCUCGCUCUUCUCUAUUCCUCAUCGACUAUACUCAACUACUCGACUUCUCUGCACGGUUCGACCUGACUCGCGAUCAAUGUCUCCAAUCCCAAUUUGAACCUUCGAUAAUCGAUAGUCUGUACAAUCUACUUCCCCUGAUAGAGAGGGAGAGAGAGAAGGUCGCGUGAAGCCUCGUCACAAACAACUACUUACAACUACCAUCCUGAUGGGUAAAUGGCGGUACGGUGUUAUCCUGGACGCGGGUUCGUCAGGGACUCGGGUCCAUAUCUACAGAUGGCUCAACAGCGCCCGCGCGAUAAAGGAUGCCGACGCAGUGGAGCUGCACAGUUUGCCCAAGUUGCAGACGAAGAAGAAAUGGACCUUGAAGAUCAAGCCGGGAGUCUCGACUUUCGGUGACCACCCGGCAGACGUGGGGCGGGAUCACCUUCAGGAGUUGCUCGACCACGCGUUGUCCAUUGUCCCCGAAGAUCAGGUCGAAGAUACUCCCUUAUUCUUGAUGGCGACAGCCGGCGUCCGACUCCUGGAGCCAAUUCAGCAAAAAGCCCUCCUGGCCGAGAUCUGCUCCUAUGCACAGCAACACACAAGGUUUUCAUUGCCCGAAUGCGAUUUGCAUAUCCAGGUCAUCCCAGGAGAGACGGAAGGCUUAUACGGAUGGAUCGCGGCAAACUACUUGUUAGGAGGCUUUGAUUUCCCUGAAGAACAUGCACAUGGUAACGGCCACCAUACCUAUGGCUUCUUGGAUAUGGGUGGCGCUUCUGCCCAGAUUGCCUUUGCUCCUAACGCGACCGAGGCCGAAAAACACGCCAAUGACCUUAAAUUGUUGCGCAUGCGGACAUUAGACGGGCAGCCAUCCGAGUAUAAGGUAUUCACGACUACUUGGCUAGGCUUUGGAGUCAAUCAAGCGAGGGAGCGCUACCUGGAAGCGCUCAUGGAAGCAACGUUUACGCACGAGGCCAAAGAACUCCUGGAUCCUUGUUUGCCAGUCGGUCUCAAGACGACUCUCAAAGGGGACCCGAUUGGGCCCGAGACACAUGUGGGAUCCGAUCCAAUUUUGAUGGGCACUGGCCGCUUCGAUGAGUGCCUCCGACAAACGUACCCGCUACUCGACAAAGAUGCGCCGUGCGCGGAUCAUCCUUGCCUCUUGCAUGGGCAACACGUACCAGCAAUCGAUUUCAGUAUCAACCACUUUGUCGGUGUUUCCGAGUAUUGGCACACAACGCACGGGGUUUUUGAGGUAUCGCAGAAGGACAAAACAUACGAUUUCACCAAAUAUCAGGCACUUGUGAAGGAUUUCUGUAGUAAUGAGUGGGAAGAUAUUGAAAGUGGAGUGGCUGCAGGAAAGUGGGGAAAGAAUGUGGAUGCGAAGACCGCCCAAGAAGUGUGCUUCAAAGCAUCAUGGUUGAUCAACGUUCUCCACGAUGGCAUUGGGAUACCAAGAGUUGGGAUAGAGAAGGGCUCGGUAGGGCCGGGGUACAACAUGACGAAAGAGAUCGCGGCUCAUGCCAAAGGGAAGGGGUUUUUAGAUCCUUUCCAGGCCGUCGACAGGAUUGAUGACAUGGAGGUGAGCUGGACUCUAGGGAAGAUGGUCCUCUAUGCUGCUGGUCAGAUCCCUCCCGCUACCGCAGAUGCCUUGGCUGUAGGAUUCGGCAGCAAUGUCGCCAAUGGCCUCCCAUCCGACUUCCAAGAGGCAGGGUCGAACUCGAAUCCUGUACCCAUUGGCGAGGACGAAGGCUUGACUGAAGCCGCCGAAGAACUUGCUGAAACGGCUCAAGAACAUUCACGGUCAACAGGAUUCCUUCUAUUCAUGCUCAUCCUGAUCAUCGUCGGCUACUUCUUCCGAAAGCGAGAAAGGAGAUUCAGACUCGUCAAAAAGAUAAACACUACUCUAGGCCGCAACCGUCGGCCAGGGACCCCUCGAAAGAUUGUCCGUAGUUUCUUUGGAUCAGGCAAGCUCUUCGGCCGGAGUUCAAGCAAUUACGAGCGUGUAUUGGAGGAUGGGGAAGCAGUCAACGACUUUGAGCUGGGCGAGGUGGAUUUGGAAGAUAACAAUGACUCCUCGGAUAGCAGUGAAGGCUCUCGAGUAGGGCGAUCAUCUGGAUUGGCAACCCCAAAAGUGAAUGUUAUGGGUUUCGAAUCGGGGAGUUAUUUUGCGGACUCGCCUGUUCAGGGAGUUGGAUUGGGACUUAACAAUAUACCCAAUGCGAUGGAUAGAACCGGAUUGGUUGUACGAACGGAGAGCAGGGAACGAUUAGGACCGAAUCUACAGAUGCUCGGAGCAGGGAGGAGGAGUAGGACGGGCAGUCCAACAAGGAUGAAGAGUCCUUUGAUGAAGCCCUUGGAAGAAAUGUGA